AUGACCUUUUCUCCAAAACACGCACACCGAGCCGCCCCGGACCGGCCGUCCGCCGAUGCCCUCCCCAUCCCUGCAGCGGCAGGUUCUUCAGCCAGACGCUUAGGUCUCAUCUCAACAGCCAUUGAUCCUGCAGCAAAGUGGGAUAAACACCAGGGGAGCCGAAGCACCCCAACAACCAAUUCCGCCCACCGGGCCUCGAAUCGAAGCCGCAGUUGGUUCCCCGGGGAAACAGGCAAGACAUGGUCUCCACAAGUACCACCUCCCUGA